GAAAACAUACUCGUCAGAAUUGUCUUGCUGGAUUAGUUUGCUCUACUAGGCCCCUUCAUCAUUUGAUGUGAUGUCAGCUACCACUAACAGCACAAUUGCUUUUCUACCAAGAACUCACAUUUUUUUGGCAUUUUUAAUGUGCUUACUAGCUUUUGCUAUAGUGCUAGGAAAUGCUGUGGUCAUUCUAGCUUUUGUGGUGGACAAAAAGCUUAGACAUCGAAGUAAUUACUUUUUCCUUAACUUGGCCAUUGCUGACUUCUUUGUUGGUGUGAUCUCCAUUCCUUUGUACAUCCCUCACACGCUGUAUGGCUGGAACGCUGAAAGUAAACUCUGUGUGUUUUGGCUCACUGUUGACUAUCUUUUGUGUACAACAUCUGUAUAUAACAUUGUUCUCAUCAGCUACGAUCGAUACCAGUCAGUGUCGAAUGCUGUAUCUUACAGAGCUCAGCACACUGGGAUCUUGAAGAUCGUGGCUCUGAUGGUGGCUGUCUGGGUGCUGGCCUUCUUAGUGCAUGGGCCACUAAUUCUAAUUUCAGAGUCUUGGAAUAAUACCAGUAACAGAGUCUCAGAGAAGAAGGAAUGUGAACCUGGAUUCUUUUCUGAAUGGUACAUCCUUGCCAUCACGUCACUCUUGGAAUUUCUGGUUCCAGUCUUCUCAGUGGCCUAUUUCAACAUAUACAUUUACUGGAGGCUAUGGAAGCGCGGUAAUCUCAGUCGGUGGCAAAGCCAGCCUGGACUCACUUAUCCUGCCCCACCCAGUAACAGUGGACCCUCAUUCAGGGGUGGACUGUUUUCAAGAACAUCUCUUCCUGAGCUGAAGGAAACAGCAACAUCUGUUCCUUUGAAGAGACACGGAAGAAAGAGCAGCCUCUUGUUUUCUCUAAGAGCCCAGAUGAAUAACAAUAUAAUUGCUUCCAAAAUGGCUUCUCUUUCCCAUUGUGAUUCCCUGUGUCUUCACCAAAGGGAACACAUUGAACUGCUCAGAGCCAGGAAAUUAGGCAAGUCACUGGCCAUUCUCUUAGGUGUUUUUGCCUUUUGCUGGGCUCCAUAUUCUCUGUUCACGCUCAUUCGUUCAACUCAGAAGCCAGAACAGCGUCUUCAAACAAUUUGGUAUAAUAUCACCUUUUGGCUUCAAUGGUUCAAUUCCUUUGUCAAUCCUUUUCUGUAUCCAUUGUGCCACAAGCAUUUCCAGAAGGCUUUCUUGAAAAUAUUUAAUGUGAAAAAGCAUCCCAUACCAUUACACAAUCGGUCAAUGUCCUCUUAAAGAUGAUUUUAUCGUUUACAAAAAUUUCAGUCUUAAGCUCACUAAUGAAUUUGAUCUGACAUUCAUUUUUCCCUUUCCACUAGGCAGGGCAAAAUGAGAGAAAUCCAUAAUAUUGUAAACACUUGCAAACCUAAAAAGAAUUCAGAAACUGGAAGUCAAGGGAAAAUAACUAGAAAUAUUUUUUUGUAAACUCAUAGCCACAAAUGCACUAUGCUUUCUUACUCAUUGCCUCUUCCUUGUCUUUUAGAUCUUGAUAUAACAUUGGUUGUGAAAGUCAAGAGUUCUUGUUUUCUUUGUUCAGUGUUUGCUGUAGUGUUAAGUGAUUUCCCUUUUAUUUUAUAGGGAUGACAAACUGGCAAGUUUUAAAGUCAGUUUUCCUAAAGUAUAUAACAGAAAAGGGAGCUAUAUUGUCCUCUUUGCUGGAAGUGGGAAGGCAUGUUGGGGUUUGAAUUGUCAGGAGUAGGGAGCAAGUGUGUGCCCAGAUGGAAAGGUGGAAGGCACGUGUACUUCCAGACUCUGUUCCUGAUCCCAGAAAAGAAGAAAGUGUAGGGAGGGAAGAUCAGGUAACUGUGCUUCUCAAAGUUCCUCAGAGGGGCCGGCAGUCAUAGGAUAAGAGAGUAAGUGACAGACAAGAUCACCAACUGGUUGAAAAGAUGGCUUUCCUUUUGUCCUUCCUGCCCUCUCCUUCCAACUUCCACAUCAGCUAAAACCUCUGUGAGAAAAUAUGGAAGAAAGAGAAAGGUGAAGAGAUGGCAAAAGACUAUAUGACUUAACUCAAUGUAGCUGGCUUAACAUUCUCAGAACUAGUAGAUGUCAAUAAUUACUAAUAAAAUAUACUUCUGUGUU